AUGGCAGUACAACAGUUUUAUCUCCUUGGAGAGCCGAUAACAUCUGCGAGAGAAAUCGACAUCUCAUCAAACUUGGACCUCGAUGGACUCAAACACUUAGUUGCCUCUUAUUUUGCCAUUGUCGAACCAAACGGAAUUGAGUUCCAAGUCCAGGAAAGCGCAUUGCAAGAAGUCUCAGACAUCGUUUCCAUCACUGGACCAGUGGCUAUCUCUAUCGAUGGACAUGCUGUCCGUGACCCUCCCGGUCCCAAAGGGCUGCCCUAUCUUGGCAACUUCUUUGAGAUUUACCCAGACCACUUGGGUAAUCAUCAGCGUCUUUUUCAGCAUUACGGACCUGUUAUAAAGACCACUAACAUGGGCCGUAUUGUGUAUCAAACAAAUGACCCGAACAUUGCCCUCAUUGCUUUUGCCGAGUCCGACUUCUUCACGAAGAAAAUUAAUGAGGCCCAUCCCCUUUACGCCCUGAAAACGCCAGCGGCCGGCGUGUUCUUGGGAGACACCGAUACGGAAGAAUGGAAGGUCGCCCAUAAAUUCUUACCUCCUGCUCUUGGCCCCAAAGCCGUUCGUCACUAUGCACCGACUAUGCAGAAAACAGUCGAAGAUGCUUCCAAAGUGUUUGAUGCGCUGGAUGAACAGGGUGAAGCGUGGAAUGUCUAUCAGUAUAUGCUGAAGCUUGGCUCCCAAGCCGUUGGCAAGCUCACCUUGGGCCUCGACUUUAACCAUUUUUCUUCACCUGAUGCACCGGUUCAUGAGAUGGUUCAUCUGAUUGCUGAGGUGCUAUCGCUAAACAAGAAAGUCACGUCCAAGGGCGAUUGGUAUAGCAGCCUGCCCUUUGGUGAUCCCAAGCGCUUGAAGGAUGUGAAGCACCGGGUCGAAGAAAUGGUCGAGGAGUCUAUUCAGAGAGCUGCUAGAGGCGGCGUGGAAGAUCUUCCUCUGCAAGAUGCUGCCAUAGAGGCAACGAACAUGGUUGACUAUGCGAUCCGAGCUAUCGACAACAAAGGCGAAAAGCUACCAAAAUCUAGCCUCGUCUGGGCUCUUGUUGUCGCCACUGGUGCUGGCUUCACAACUACCAGCUCCCUGCUUUCAUGGCUCAUCUAUGGAUUGGUCACCUAUCCAGGAAUGCAGGAGAGACUCCUUCAAGAGCUAAUCGACAACGAUUUCACCGAAGAGACGCAGAUUACUUCAGAUUACACGGAUCGUUUAGUGUUCCAAGAUAAAUACAUCAAGGAGAUGCAGCGAAAACACAACCCGUCAUUCCAACCUGGACGAACAGCAAAGACGGACCUUAUUCUCCCGGGUGGCUAUAAGAUUCCCAAGGAUGCUGUCAUGAUUCCUGCUUUGCAUCACAUCCACCAUAAUCCUGAGCUGUGGAGCAACCCGGAGAAGUUCGACCCAGAUAGGUGGGACACGGAUGAAGUAAAGAACAGGCCAAAGGGGUCGUAUAUGCCAUUUGCCGCAGGAGGACGAAUGUGCAUUGGGUUCAACUUCGCCCUCCAAGAGAUCAAAGUCUUUUUACCAAAGUUGAUUUACCGAUACAAAUUCACCCGCGAAGGAGACGCGACAGUCGAGUACGAUCCCAUGUUCCAGCUAAUCAGGCCGAACAACUUGUAUGUGCGAGCUGAAAGGCGUGUCAAGUGGCCGCCCAAGUCUGGUGCUGCUUCUCCUAAGAAUACUACCGCAUAA